AUGGACAGUAGACCUCAAGACCCCACUUCAAGCUCCACACAAGAAGCAAAUCGUCAGAUGUGUUCCGGAAACGAACAACUACCUCCAUCUAAAACUACAAGUAAAUUUUCAUGUCGAGAAAUAACUACCUCGGUACCAGGCUCUACGUGUCUCUCGCGUGAAACUUCCCCCCUAAGGUCGGCUCGUUCACAGCCAAAAAUAUCGUAUUCUACCCGCUCUCUGGGCUGCUCCACUGGUCAUGGCUUAAGCCGAUCUAGGAAAAAUAGCUCGCAAGAACUCAGUCCAGUUCGCCUAACAAAUCCGACAACUACUGCAGCGACUCAACGAGCACUCUCUGUAACUUCAAAUCCUUUUCACUCUGCAGCUUCUGAUGCAGCCUUGAAGCAACCGAUAUCCCCGAAUUUGUUUCAUGUGAAUCCAGAAGCUCGAGAGAGUUCACGCUGGAUGACAUCACCCAAGCCGCGGUCUCCUCAGCCACCAACUCUCCAAUCCGUUUUGUCCCAUUGCGCGUCCGAGCACGAAACCACCAUUUCAAAUUAUCGCAAAUUACAUGCAGCUGACGAAGAGAAACAUUUUAUCAGAGAGGGUGAAGUGGAGGAUAUACUGCCACUAUCAGGCUUGAGAACGCCAGCAAGAGGAGUAAGUGGCACUAGCUCAACUCUUGAAACAGUACAAGAAAUCAGUCAGCCGAAUACACCGGUAUCUACUUUUGGUACUCCUCGUGAAAGGCAAGAAGAUUUAAUGGCCAAGCCAACAACAGAUCAAGACUUCCCUACAGAACAGAUUUCCCCUAAGACCAAAACCCUGAAGCCAUUUAUCAUGAGGAAUGAAAAUGGAAAUGAAUUUUCCGGCAGGAGUACAGCUAAGCAAAAGUCUGCUUCUGCUGUAAUCCCCAAUGCAACAAGGCCAGGACAUACAACUUCGAAGUCAUAUAUGUUAGGGGGGCUUGGGCGCGGAAAGUUUUCUGGAGAAGGCUCAACACGAAGUAUGACCGUAGAAACACAGACAGUCAGCUCUAUACCACAAAUUGCAGUCUGCAGUGGUGGCUCGGGUAAUGGCGGAAGUAUUCGGACGAAGCAAAGUAACGAAACCAUUAGACCUCGGAAGGAUAAAAAGAAGGCUGUUCGCAAGCUUCCAUCAGUCACCGCGGGCACAGCUUCCUCCAAAGCGGACAUUUUUGAGGCUAAAGUUGCCAGUGCUGUCGACGAAGCCAACUCAUCAGAUUCGGAGGAAACCUUUGUCUACGAAUCCAAUCCACCCGACGUAAACGACAGGCCUCGACGUUUCCAUUCCAGAACUCCGAGUGCUACUUCAAUGGUUAGUCAAAUAGAUCAGCGAUGUGGAGUACGUGCAAUCAUGGAAAGCCACCAAAGCGUUAUCAUGAAAAAAAGCAUGAAAUUUGCAAAUUCUUACGCCACCAACGGACCAGAUCCUUUGAUAAGUGACGAAUCUGUAAAAGGCACAAUACGAGGUAGUAGUGGAAUAGGUAGAGGAACAACGCAACAUCAUCACCUCAACACUCGAUGGGUUCGGAAUAUCGGUAACGGCCAUUACCAAACUAUUGAUAACGAAUCACCUCUUCUUAAUGCAGCCACAUCGAAUCUACCUAGAAUCAGUCCAAGGACUUUGUCUAGACCUACCAGUCCUCGUAUUUCAAUAUCAAGGCUAACUAAUAACAAGAAAAAUAGUACGUCUGGAACAUUGAGAUGUGAUAUGCAGGAUUCUGUGAGCAACGAACGUACUCCGUUGAUAUCAGGAGCUCGUAAGAAUAAAGCAUUCAGAUCUCGGCGUUACAAUGCUUCUCUACGGCAGCUCGAACAUCAAGCGACACGUCGUAGCCAAACGUUUCUCUCACGUUAUGGCGGAUGUCUAUUCUUAAUACUCUUCAUAUUGUUGGUAAUGUCAGGGGCGAUAGGCUUUAUGUAUGCGACAACCCAACCUCUUGUAAACCUAAAAGUUCUUUCUUUAAAGAAUAUUAUUGCGAGUGAGCAGGAUCUACUUUUUGACAUCGAGGCCCGAGCGAGGAAUCCGAAUCUAGUGUCUGUCACUAUUGAAUCAACAGAUAUAGCAGUUUUUGCUCUUUCUAAAUAUAGCUGUUGUGACAUCGACAAAAGAGGACCUCCUAUACGCAAACUAGCAUCACGUCGUUCUAAUAGGUCACGAAAUUACGAGGUGAAUGAUUUGCUUGAGGAAUAUACAGAACGUAGCUCCAUCUUUGAAAUCGGGCGUGUCUAUUCUCUAGACAGCCCCUUAAAAUUUGAAGGUGCUGCACUUUUCGACAAACCCGAAAUAGCUACAGGCCAAAUAUCAAUAGAAUCACCGGGCAACAAUACAAAGCCAACUGUGACUGGAAAGUGGGUUAGAAUUUUACAUCACGAAUUCGACCUCAUUUUGCGGGGUACUAUGAAAUAUAGCCUUCCUUUAAGCCAGAAAAUAGUGAGUGUCACUAUUGAGAUAAGGAGUACGGUACAGCCAGAUGCAGGUUAUAUGUUAUCUCGAGACUUUGAACCAACAAACGAUUCUCACGAAUCAUAA